AUGCGCGCCUCGGUAUCCCUCAUCACCCUCUGGGCCCUCUGGGCCGCGUCGGCGUCGGCAUCGGCCUCGGCCGCCGGGGACGUGUGCGGCAACACGUGCAACCUGUGCAGGUUCGGCGACGAGGUCAUCCACCGCGACGUGGUCGUGGUCGGCGGCGGCGCGUCGGGCACGUACUCGGCGAUCAGGCUGCAGGACCUCGGGGCGAGCGUGGUGCUCGUCGAGCGCGACGGCCGGCUGGGCGGCGCGCAGAACACCUUCAUCGACCCGGCGUCGGGGGUGGCGGUCGACUACGGCGUGCAGGGCUUCGCCAACACCAGCGUGACGGUCAACUUCUUCAAGCGCUACGGCAUCCCCAUCGAGCCGUUCGUCUUCGGCGGCGACAACACCACGUACGUCGACUUCGACACGGGCGCCGUCGCCGCCAACUACACGCCCAACUUCAACUUCUCGGCCUACGCCGCCUUCCUCGAACGCUGGCCCGACGCCGCGCCGAGCGGCUUCAGCUGGAUCCCCUACCCCGUGCCCGAGGACCUACUCCUACCGUUUGGCGACUUCAUCGAGAAGUACGACCUACAGGAGCAGGCGUGGGUCAUCUGGUGGAUCGCCAACGGCGUGGCCAACCCGCCGCUGCUAGAGCAGACGACGCUCAACGUCAUGAAGUACUUUGACAGCGUCUUCAUCAACGCCGUGGCCUACUCUGGGCCCGGGUCGGCAGGCGUCCCGGACAUGACGACGUCCAACCACGACAACGGCGCGCUGUACGCGGCGGCGCACGCCGAGCUGGGCGACGACAACGUGCUGCUGGAGUCGACGGUGGUGUCGGCGCAGCGCAGCGCCGAGGGCGUCGAGCUGGCCGUGGCGACCCCCGACGGCGCCGUCAAGCACGUCCGCGCGGCGCGGCUCGUGCUGUGCAUGCCGCUGACGCCCGGCAACAUGGAGCCGUUCGGGCUGGACGCGGCGGAGCGGCGCGUGUUUAGCCGCUUCACGCACAGCGCCUUCUACGCCGGCGUGGUCAACACGACGGGGCUGGUGGCGGGGCAGAAGUACCGCAACAUCAAGCUCGGCGCGCGCUACAACAUCCCGCCCAACGGCAUGUACGAGAUCCUGCCGACGGCGGUGCCGGGCAUGUUCAUGUACUGGUUCGCGUACCAGGCGGAGCAGACGCAGGCGGCGGUCGAGGCGGACGCGGCGGCCGUGGUGGCGCGGCUGGAGAACGGCACGGGUGUGGCGGUCAACUUCCCGGCCUUUUCCAGCCACUCGCCCUUCAAGCUGCAGGUCGGCGCCGUCGACAUUGCCAACGGCUUCUACAAGGACUUCCUGGCGCUGCAGGGCCAGAAGAGCACGUGGUUUGCCGGCUCGGCCAUCCUCACGCACAACUCGGGCGAGCUGUGGAACUUUACGCAUUACCUGAUGCCCGAUGUUGUCGCCGGGCUGUGGGACGAUUGA